AUGGGUCUUCUCACCAUCGUCGAAGAGAGGCCGACGCCGCCCUCGGUCUACAACUGGCGCAUCUACGUGUUGGCCGGCAUCGCGUCAUGUGGAUCUUGCAUGAUUGGCUACACGAGCGCCUUUAUUGGCACCACCAUCGGUCUCGACUCUUUCAAGGCCGAGUUCGACCUCACCAACAAGACGACCGCCGAGAGACACGUUAUCAGCGAGAACAUCGUCUCCCUCUUCGUUGCCGGCGCGUUCUUCGGUGCUCUCCUUACCUACUGCCUCAGUCACUUCAUUGGUCGCAAGCGUUGUUUGGCCAUCGGAGCAACCGUCUUCUCUUUGGGAGCGGCCUUGACCUGCGGCGCCAACGGCAACCUUGGACUCGGAAUUCUCUACGCUGGACGUGUCUUUUCGGGUUUGGGAACUGGAGUUGCUUCUAACAUUAUCCCCGUUUACAUCUCGGAACUCUCGCCGCCGGCUAUUCGUGGUCGUCUGGUCGGUCUCUACGAACUUGGCUGGCAGAUUGGCGGUUUGGUCGGAUUCUGGAUCAACUUCGGUGUUGAGAACAGUGUUCCCGUCGGCCGCUCGCAAUGGAUGAUCCCUUUCGCAGUCCAGCUGAUUCCUUCUGGUCUCCUUUUGGCUGGCUCCUUGUGGAUCCGUGAGUCUCCCCGAUGGCUCUUCCUCCACGACCAACGCAAGGAAGCCAUGGAGAACUUGUGCUGGAUCAGACAGUUGGAGCCCAAUGACGUUUACAUUACCGAGGAAAUUGCCGGUAUCGACAAGAUCUACGAGUCCACCAAGGCCACCGUCGGAUUUGGCUUCUGGCAGCCCUUCAAGGCCCUCGGUGCCCGUCCCUACCUGCAGUGGCGUCUGUUCUUGGGCUGCAUGCUGUUCUUCUGGCAAAACGGCUCCGGCAUCAACGCCAUCAACUACUACUCCCCGACCAUUUUCUCCACCGUCAUGACCUUUGUCUGGCUUCUGUUCCUCGUCGAUCAGCUCGGUAGAAGGAAGCUUCUUCUCAUUGGUGCCAUCACCGGUUCCCUCUGCAUGUGGGUUAUCGGAGGCUACAUCUGCAUCGUCGAGCCGACCAAGAACCCUCAAGACCACUUGACCGGCAGUGGUAUCGCUGCCAUCGUCUUCUUCUACCUCUGGACCGCCGUCUACACCCCUACCUGGAACGGUACACCCUGGGUUAUCAACUCUGAAUUCUUCGAUCCCAACUUCCGUUCCUUGGCAAGUGGUGCGACCACCGCCAGCAACUGGCUGUUCAACUUCCUUGUCUCCCGUUUCACGGAGCAGAUGUUUGCAGCCAUGGGAUACGGCGUGUACUUCUUCUUCGCCGCCCUGUCAUUCCUCGCCUUCUUCUUCGCCUUCUUCCUCAUCCCCGAGACGAGCGGUGUUCCCCUGGAGAAGAUUGACAGACUGUUCGAGAUCAAGCCCGUCUGGAGAGCCAACGAGACGUUGAUGGCCCAGCUGAGGGAAGAGGAGGUACAGUUCCGCACAGACAUCAAGGACGAGGUUAUUCACAAGGAGCAGGGCACGUCGUCGGAGUCGGACUCCCCAUGA